AUGACCGACAACUACCUACAGGACCCCAUUGCGGUGGUGGGCAUGGCAUGUCGCCUUCCCGGCAACAGUAACUCUCCACACGCUCUUUGGAAACUCCUUGAAGAAGGAAGAUGUGCAGAGAAUGAGCCACCAUUAUCACGAUUCGACUUCAAGACCCACUAUGAUGGCUCCCUAAAGCCAAAGACCAUGCGAUCACCAGGAGGAAUGUUUUUGGAAAACGUGGAUCCCAAAGAUUUCGAUGCAGCAUUUUUCUCGGUCUCUCCCGCCGAUGCCGCUGCAAUGGACCCUCAACAACGCCAGCUACUGGAGGUAGUAUACGAGUGUCUUGAAAAUGCAGGAAUUCCUCUGGAAGCUCUAGACGGUGCUCCAGUCGGUUGUUUCGUUGGAUCAUAUGCUGUCGAUUAUGCCGACAUACAGUCAAGAGAUCCAGAAGACCGUGUCUCUGGUGUCACAAUUGGUGUUGGCAGAGCACUUCUGAGCAACCGACUGAGUCACUUUUUCAACAUUAAGGGACCAUCGAUGACAAUAGACACCGCCUGCUCUGGCAGUCUGGUCUCAUUGGAUGUUGCCUGCCGCUAUCUCCAAUCUCGAGAAAUCAACGGUGCCAUCGUUGCAGGAGCAAACAUAUACCUCAGCCCUGAGCACGUUAUGGACACUGGUGCUAUGAAGGGUGCUAGUUCAUUGUCUGGCUUGUGCCAUACCUGGGACGCCAAAGCGGACGGAUAUAUCAAAGGUGAAGGAAUUAACUCGGUAAUGUUGAAACGAUUGGACGAUGCGAUUAGAGAUGGAGAUCCUAUAAGAGCUGUCAUUCGUGGAACUGCAACUAACAGUGAUGGCCGGACSCCAGGAAUCGCAAGCCCCAGCAGCGAAGCUCAGGCAGAGGCGAUCCGAGCAGCAUACCGCCAUGCCGGAAUAACGAAUCUUGAGGACACCACAUAUCUCGAAUGCCAUGGAACGGGAACGCAGGCUGGUGAUCCAACCGAGCUCAAAGGCGCCGCCUCUGUUUUCGGCGCCAGUCCUCGCAAGACACCCCUGCGGGUGGGAUCGAUCAAAAGUAACAUUGGUCAUUCCGAACCAGCUGCUGGAAUCUCAGGUCUCCUCAAGGCUGUCCUCACACUUGAACACAAAAUAAUCCCCGGAAAUCCUACUUUCGUCACACCUAGCCCGAAGAUUGAUUUCGAGGCCUUGCAAGUAAAAGCCAGCAGAUACUCCACGCCUUGGCCUGUUGUCCCAAUCAAGAGAGCCAGUGUCAAUUCUUUUGGCUACGGCGGGUCCAACGUACACGUCGUGGUUGAUGCUUUCGAUCGCCCAACGCACAAAUCUUCUUACCGCAACAGCGAAGACUUCGACGACUUCUUCGAAGAUGCCGCCCCCAAGGGAUCUGAGCGUCCCUUUACGCUCGUAUUCUCAGCCAACGACGAGGCUUCGCUCCGCGCGAGUGUGUCAGGGUUGUCGGGUCACCUCAUGAACCCAGAGGUCUCAGUACAAUUGACAGAUCUGGCAUACACGUUGUCAGAGCGAAGAAGUCGCCUAUUCAACCGUGGCUUCUUGGUGACAAAGACACUCGGCGAAGGAUUGGAAACUGGCAACCUAGUUGCGGGUAAGCCAGGAAACGAGCCUCCCAGAAUCGGCUUCGUUUUCACCGGUCAAGGUGCUCAAUGGUCACAGAUGGGAAAACAGCUGUUGCAAACAUUCCCGGAGGCCCGCGAGGUAGUCCAGCGCCUGGACAGGGUGCUCCAAAGCACCCCGAACCCACCAUCCUGGUCGCUGCUUGGUGAACUUACCGAAGCUCGCAGCCCUCAAUUGCUCCGCAAACCAGAGUUCUCUCAGCCACUGGUGACUGCUCUGCAACUCGCCGUUGUUCAGGUCUUGAGAAACUGGGGUGUAUCGCCUCAGGCAGUCGUUGGUCACUCUUCUGGAGAGAUUGCCGCAGCCUAUGUUGCCGGAUACUUGAGCGAAGCAGAUGCUAUCAAGACUGCUUACUACCGCGGACAAGCAGCGCUCAAGGAUGAUACUGAUAAUGCCGAUGUUGGCAUGCUGGCAGCUGGAAUUGGAUCUGACGUUGCGGCAAAGUAUCUCGAGUCUUACAACGGCGACGUUCAAAUCGCUUGCUACAACAGUCCGGAAAGUGUCACCAUGUCUGGCAAGAUAUCGGCUCUCGAAAAAGUGAAGGAUGCCCUCGUCGAGGACGGCCACUUUGCUAGGAUGCUUCAAGUAAACCUCGCAUACCAUUCGACCUUCAUGAACAAGAUUGGAGACGUGUACGAGACCAUGCUCGACCAGAACCUCGACGGAGCCUCUGAUCCUGCAGCCAAAGACAUCACCUGGUACUCUUCGGUCGUGGGCAAGAAGUAUGAACAAGCCAAAGCAGGCGCGCAAUACUGGAAGACCAACAUGGUUUCUCCCGUCCGCUUCCACCCAGCUCUCCAUGAGAUGAUCUCUGGUAAAACCGGAUGCAACUAUCUCAUCGAAAUCGGACCAAGUGGAGCCCUAGCGGGCCCCAUCGCACAGAUCAAGAAAAGCAUCGCAGACGGAGGCGCCAAGGUAGAAUACUCCGCAGCCCUGACCCGCGGUCAAGAUGCCAUCAAUGCAAUCUUCGAGGUUGCAGGUCGCCUCUUUGUCGCGGKAGCGCCUAUCAAUCUUGCCAAGGUCAACAGUCCUACCGACAGCUCAACACCGCCAGCAACCAUCGUGGACCUUCCUAAUUACGCUUGGAACCACUCAACCAAGUACUGGUAUGAAAGCGACGCCAGUCGUGAUUGGAGAUAUCGGAUGUUCCCUCGCCAUGACUUGCUUGGGAGCAAGAUCCUGGGUGCCUCAUACCAUUCGCCCAGCUGGAGGAACAUGUUGGCGGUGGACGAUCUACCAUGGCUCCGUGACCACAAGAUGGGUCCCGAUAUCGUGUUCCCCGCCGCUGGUUACAUCGCCAUGGCCAUUGAAGGUGUGCGACAGAUAACAGAGGCACAGGCGGCUGAACAGCAAGCUCCGAAGCCACAAAGCCCUCGUUACCGUCUUCGAGACAGCACAUUCCCCCGUGCCUUGGUGCUCGAGGAGGGUAAGGCUUCAACCAUCAUGACAAGCAUGACAAAAGUACCCGGUACUGGCAACCCUUGGUAUGAAUUCAAGGUUCUCUCCAAGUCGGGAGAAGUUUGGAGCGAGCACUGUCGUGGUUUGAUUCGCACCGAGCAAAUUCCCAAUAGCUCUGCCACCGCCGCGGAACUUGCUCCCCUGAGACACACGUCGCGCGGAGAUGUUUGGUACAAGGCUCUCAACGAGGUUGGCUAUGGUUUCGGCCGAGCUUUCCAGAAGCAUCUUCGAAUUGAGUGCACAUCUGGUCAACGAAGCAGUCGAUCCAUCGUCGAUCUGAGUGAGCCAGAAAGCGCAUACAGGCAAUCCCCAUACCCGAUGCACCCUGCAUCAAUUGACGGUUGUCUCCAAACUUGUGCUCCGGCUCUUUGGAACGGCAACAGAAGCUCCGUCAAUGCAGUCUUGAUCCCAGCGAUCAUCGACGAUCUGAUUGUGUGCUCCCCUGCAGCAGAUGCUUUGACUGGCGAAGCUAUAUCGAUAGCAUCCGCGGAGUACGUCGGCCUCGGACGAAAAGAUCAGACAAAGAACUACAUGGGCCAUGCAACUAUCUAUGAGCCGGAUUCAGGAGCCAUGUUGUUCCGCGUGAAGGGCCUGCGGUUCCACAAGCUCGACAUGGACCAGAGCAUCAACCACAAGUACACUCGACUCCAAUGGACACCGGAUGUCGAGUUCCUGUCUCAGGAUAUGUUUAGCAAAGUGCUUGACAACAGCUCGGGUCCCAAAGUUGAUCAGAUCCUUGAUCUCCUCGCUCACAAAAGACCUUCAUCGAAGAUCGCCGAGAUCUGUCUUMUACCAGAUACGUCCAGCAGUACCUGGUUAGAUGGAACUACCGGAGUUCGCCAGUGCUGUCGCAAAUUUGUCUUCUUCUCAUCCGACGCCAAGGCACUCGUCUCGACCCAGGAGCGAUACGCUGGUCAAUCCGGGGCGGCCUUUGAAUUCUUCAACCCGGCCCAGAUUACCACGGACGACAAGGUCUUCGAUCUAGUCAUACUGCGAGUCAACGGCUUUGAACAGGUCCCCCGAGAGACAGCCGCCGCAAUCCAGGCUGCGUUGGCCAGCGGUGGCAAGCUUUUGGUCGUUGAAGAGUCUUCGGCUGAUGUUGACCCUUCUUUCUCUGUGGUCCAAUCUCUGGAGCAGGCAGGAUUCUCGUCCAGCCAAGUUAUGGCGAUCGACCUUGGAAACUCCACCCAGAAAGCCUAUCUUGCUACCUCUGGUGCUGAAGUCGCAACAGAUUCUCGGUACAUCGAAAUUGGAUACUUCCACGAGCCAGGCCCCGAGACCAAGGCCAUCGUUGAUGGUCUUGAGGCYCACGGUUGGUCGGUGUCCAUGUUCUCAYUUGAGAAUGGAAUCCCAGAGUCCAAGGGACCACUUUUGAUCCUCGACGAACUCACCAAGCCAAUCAUCUCAACGACGUCCAGCGCCCAGUGGGAGACGCUCCAGAAGCUUCUCACUAGUACUCGCCCAAAACUUUGGGUCACAGAAGGUUCCCAGAUGGAAGUGACGAAGCCAGAAAACGCGAUGAUCCACGGUAUGUGUCGUACAGUGCGCGCAGAGGACCCAUCGGUCGCUAUCACUACGCUCGAUAUGCAAAGUCGGGAUGGAAAGCACACGGUAUCCACUAUCAGCACAAUCCUCGACCAUGUCCAGCGGAAGGGAGAUUCGACCGACCACGAAUUUGUCGAACGUGAGGGAAUCGUCUACAUCAGCAGGGUGUUGCCAAACACGGUUGUCAACCAGAUGACACAUGAGCGCAUCAACGGAAGAGAGCUCGAGGAACUCAAGCUUCACGACCAAACCUCCACGGUGAGGUUGAUCUCCGAGCGUAUCGGAACACUGGACAGCUUGCAAUUCAACGAUAUUGGCGAGCUUCCACUCGGACCGAACAGAGUGGAGGUACAGCUCGAGGCUGCAGGACUCAACUUCAAAGACUUGGCCAUCUCGAUGGGUAUUGUGCCAGAGAACGAGCACUUGCUUGGUCUUGAGGGUGCUGGAGUCGUGGUUCGUCCUGGAGAGACCAACUACAAAGUCGGCGACCGAGUGAUUGUCUUCGAGAAAGGAACCUUCGCUAACCGCAUCAUUGCGACGACGGAGCGUGUCUAUCGCAUUCCGGACUGGAUGUCAUUCGCAGAGGCCGCCACCAUUGCAAGUGUUUACUUGUGUGCCAUGUACAGCUUGUACGACCUUGGAGGCCUCAAGGCUGGACAGCGUGUCCUGAUCCAUUCAGCCACUGGCGGUCUUGGAAUUGCUUCCAUCAGGCUCAGCCAGCACAUUGGGGCCGAAGUGUUCGCCACAGCGGGUAGCGAAGAGAAGAGGAAGCUUCUCCGAGAGGAGUUUGGUAUUCCGGCAUCGAACAUCUUCAACUCGCGAACCACUGAAUUUGCGGAGCAACUCAUGAACGUCACAAACAACGAGGGUGUCGACUGCAUCAUCAACUCGCUCACUGGAGAGCUUCUUGAUGAGUCCUGGAGGUGUAUCCGUGAAGGCGGUACAUUUGUGGAACUCGGAAAGAAGGACAUGCUGGACAGGAACUUCCUCUCUAUGGGAAUCUUUGGACGCAACGUCUCUUACCGCUGUCUUGACAUGGCACACAAGGAAAUCACCGAUGAGCUUAUUGCCAGUCUGUUCAACCGGUUGAUGCCGCUCAUGGAGCACAAGAUCCUCUUGCCAAUCAACCCCAUCAAGACAUUUGCUUGGGAUCAGAUCCCAGAGGCAUUCCGAUACAUGAGAGGAGCGAAUCACAUUGGAAAGAUUGUCAUCUCCAAGCAGCCGCAAGAGGAAAUCGUUGUCAAGGCCCGCCCAAUGGCUCGAGAGCUCCGCUUAAACCCCAACAAGUCGUACCUCAUUGUAGGCGGCUUGAAGGGACUCUGUGGAAGUCUUGCGAUCCAGCUUGCCCGACGAGGAGCGAAGCACAUCAUGGCCAUGGCUCGCAGUGGCUAUGCUGACGAUGUGUCUCAAGCUACAAUCAGGAGUGUAGAGUCUGAAGGUGCAGAGCUACAGCUCAUGGUUGGAGAUGUUUCUCGACUUCAAGACGUCCAGAACGCCUUCUCCAAGGCUGUUCGUCCGAUUGGAGGUGUUAUUCAAGGUGCUAUGGUCUUGCGGGACAAGAUAUUCACAUCCAUGACCAUCGACGAGUUCCAUAUCGGUGCGACACCAAAGGUAACAGGAACUUGGAAUCUGCACAAUGUUGCUCUUGAGCAUAACCUGGACUUGGACUUCUUCACCAUGCUCUCCAGUAUUUCUGGAGUCGUGGGCCAGAGAGGUCAAGCACAAUACGCAGCAGCAAACGCCUUCCUGGAUGCCUUUGCGUCUUACCGUCGUCAAGCACUCGGCCUGCGUGCAAACUCCGUCGACCUGGGUGCUGUAGAGGAUGUUGGAUACGUGAGCCGCAACACAGACCUCCUCCAGAUCUUCGAUCCUACGACCUGGACUCCAAUCAACGAGCCUUUGCUGCUCGAGAUCACCGAGCAAUCGAUUCUCCAGCAAAUGGACAAGACCUGUMCUGCCGGAGCAGACGAGGCUCAAUUGAUCACCGGUAUUGCCGUACCACUUGGAGGCGACUCGCCUUUGCUCGCCAAUGACGCUCGAUUUGGCGGUCUGUACUUCGGCAACCAAAGCGACGAUUCGUCCGCCGGUGAUGGAGUAGACAAGGAACUCGCGACACUGCUCCUCCUUGCUCGCUCACCAGCCACCGAGGCCAUCGAUAGCCAGAUUCUGGAUCUGUGCAUUGAGGUUGUGAACAGACAAUUCCAAAAAAUUCUACGCUUGCCGGAGCCUAUGGAGCCUGCUAAGCAGUUGAACAGUUAUGGUCUGGAUUCUCUUGCGGCUGUCGAGCUUCGCAACUGGAUUCGGAAGGAUUUGUCUGCAGAUCUCACCACGUUGGAUAUCACCAAUGCGACAUCCCUGAUUACAUUGUGUGAGAAGGUUGUUUCUAAGAUACAGGUAGCAUAG